UGGUAACAUAGCCCCGGUGACGGUUGGUGGCCGUGUAUUCUGCAUGGUGUACGCAGUCUUCGGAAUAGCCCUUCUCUUACUCGUGCUUGCCAGCAUCGGUACUCUCCUGGCCCGUGGGGCAACGCUUGGCUACAGGCGCAUCCUCAGAUGGAUCAAGAAGAAACGCAGCAAGGACGAAACGGACGUCGUCACCUUCCAGCGUGAUCCACGAGCACAGGAGGUCAUCGACGAGGGAUGGAAGGGCGAUGAUGGGGACUCGCAUAAGAUCGAUAUCCAAGGGAAAAACGGUGAGAGCGCAGGCGCGGUCGAAAAAGGAGAUUCAGCAGCUGUUGAGGGUGAGGAAGAAAAGCCACCGGAAGCGGAAGCCCAGAUUCCUCUAACUUUCAUUCUCGUGUUCGCUUUUCUCUACAUCUGUUUCCUGGCGUGUCUACUUCAAGCAUGGGAGGACCAGUGGAGCUACUUCGAAGCCUUCUACUUCUCGUUUAUAACUCUGACCACCAUUGGCUUUGGUGAUUUGGUACCGCAUCACCAAAAGAACCUGCUGGCAUGUACCUUCUUUAUUCUCCUCGGUAUGGCCAUAAUGUCAAUGUGUAUCGCUCUUGCCCAGGAGAUGAUUAUCCAGAAGGUAGCGUGGCUCAGUAAGAAAAUUGGUGUUGCGUUUGCAAGUCACAAGCAAAGAAAAGGCGACGAUUCGUCGUAACGUCAAGCCUAGAUGUUUCUACAUCACCAUCACAAUGCCUUUGGACAGUUUAACUCAUAUUGAGGAUUGAUAACGGAUGAAAAUUUCAGUUUGUAAAUCAUCCAAUGGCUUUUUGUGUGUUUUUUUUUGUUUAGGAUUAAGACGUCCGAAGUUCAAUACAUUGAAGUGCCUCGAUGACACUGUUGAAAACUGAACAAUGCGCCGUGCACUAUGAUUCCGUCGUAGAGACUAUGUAUAUAUAGGGGGCCUACGAUUCAAAAUGGGAGUUGCAGGUCGGACAACAUAGAGCACCUGCGUCUAACUCAACACGUGCAAAAUAGAAGAUGAUUGUACCAGGAAAAUAUUCCUAACACCAACAAGCCUUGUCCUGAUCACAGAACCAUCAUGGACACUGUAAAAAUAGAGCAGCACCAUUCGGUUUUCUGAGAUCGGACCACACUAUCAGGAGUUUGGAAAGUACCAUUAACACCAAAUUGUGUUAAAGAUACACUUAACAGAAUGUGUUAAAAUACAACUAAUCAGUGUUUAACUAACGCCUUUAAUUUAACAUUGGUGUAAAUUGAUUUGUAUGGUCCUCUCAGUACGCAGACUGGUAUAGUGUUAGCAUCACUAGUUUUACAGUGUACAAAUAAUGUCAAGGAAACUACGAGGAUGGGUCGUUAUGUGGUUCGCGCAUGCGCAAUGUGCCGUGGCCAGCUGGUCCAGGGCGCCUGACUACGCGCGUGAAAGUCUGGGGUUCGGUUCCUGGCACUACCUUCAUGCCCUUGGAUAUGGCAUUUACUGUUCCUUCUAUCGUAAAUCAAAUGGAAAAGCAGUGGAUACCAACCUGUGCAGGUGUUGGGGGUAUUUGGUUGAAAUUCAAUAUUUUUCUCCGAGAUUACCGUUUUGAAAGGUACGGUAUUGAAUCGUUAAGUCCCUAAUGCACCGUUGAUUGAUUGAAAAAUCACUUUGCACAUUAUAGAAAGAAUAGAAUUAAGGCGAUGAAUAUUGUUUAUUUAUUGUAUACGUGCUCAGAGACAGGGUUGAAGCAAAACAAUUGCAUAUUAUUGUCUGCACAUUGAGAAAUAAUAAUGAUUGCUUAUUGACCACAUAAAUAUUGUCUACGCUUAUGAAAUAAUGCAGAUGUAUUGAGUGUGAAACUGGUUUGGACUUUUAUCAACCUGUUAGUAAGGUAAGAACGACCUCAAGUCAGACUGAUGACCAUUUCUUCGUUGCGUAAUCAGAAUCACAAUCAUUUGAAUUCAAAUUCAGCUGAAAUUGAAAUUCGGUCUUUCUCGAUUCAGAGUAUCAUUUUUAACAAGCAUCUUGAUUUUUUUUCCAAAUUUGGUUUGACUGACAUGAGAGUUGUUGAAUCAUGUAACUAAUUAUUUGGAUCACUGCAUAUAUGCAAUCAACAAAUUUUGAUUGUAAGAAGGGGGUGCAUGCGUGAUUGAAUGAGGACAAUUUCAGAGAUUUAAUUUCAUUGAGACUUGUGACUCUUUAACAGUUAACACUUGAAAAGAGACUUCCAUUUAGAAUGCUUAUUGUCUGCUGGAAUGGAUUGGGAAAUAGUUCAAUUUUAUGUAACAUUUCAUCUGAUCGUGUGCCCUCAUUUCGAAUAAAUGCCCGUUCACGAUGACAGCCGUUUUCGGGCUUGCUAGAUAUUUUCUGACAUAGCAACAUUUCAAUAAUGCAUACUGACUUGAUUCCCAGUGUUUAACCCCUCUGAUAAUAAUCACCCUAUCGAGCAGUCCAAAGAAGAAGGAGGAUCACCUUAAAUUUUCAAAUAUAUGGUGUAGUCAAUUUGGAUAAUUUUUAUAAAAUAUUUCCUGUCCAUUUUACUCAGACAAUCAUUAUUCUGGCAAUCAUAGUAAAAGUAAUAAUAAAUACCAAGCGCAUGCAAAUCUCAAUGAGUUCUGUAGGUACUUUACAGCGAUUAAGAGCAAAUAUAAAUUCCAUAGUAUUUAAACAAUAUGUAUUAUUCAAUUUUAAUUAUUGAUUACUUUUUUGUCGUCUAUUGUAUAUUGAAACAAAACUGAAUCUAUGAACUGAAAUAUAAUCAAGACUAAAAUGAAAUUCCUCAACAUAAUGUCAAAUUUGUUCAUACACUGCAAAAACGCCGGUGUUAAUUUAACACCAGCCUGAUAUCUACAUUAUAUCGAAAAACACCUGAGAAAUGUUGAAACACCAGUUUGGCUUGAAGCUAACACCAAUAUGGCAUUUAGGCAACACCAAUUAGUGUUAAACCAAUGUCGGUUUGAUUUUAAACUGGUGUUUUCCGAUAUGGUUACCAGGCUGGUUUUAAAUUAACAUAUAUAUGUCAAAAUAUUUUAAAGCCAAAAUGGCUUGAAUUUAACCAGGAAACGGAUGAGUACUCCACUUGGGAAAAAUAAGGUUUGAAGCAGACAUAGCGAGGAAAAUAUUAUGAUGUAAAAUUUAUCGCAUGAUAUUUAAUGUUUGUACAUCUAAGAUACAUGGUUUUGUGUCUACAUCUGUUGGCGAGAGCGUCGGGAACAGCCGUCUAUGGUUUAAAGAGACACAUUAAUGUUUAUUUAUAAACCAACAAGUGUCAUUUGUAUAUUUGCUGUAUGAUAAGGAAUAGAUAAUAAUUAUUUGCAAUUUUUAUAUUGAAUGUAUUGAUAUUUGUGGAUUUGAUACCAUUUGCUUUCCAAAGAAUGUGUGUGUGUGUUUUUUGCUGAUUGCUUUCUUUCUUAUUUUGCCUAUGACAAAACACUGAAAACGAAUAACAUAACGUAAGUCAGCAAGUGCGCCUUGUUCGCACACCGCUCGUACCAUUUUAUUUGUAUUUUUAUCGUUUUUUACGCGCUAAUCAUGUGCAUGCUGCAAGAUGUAUGAUUUCAUCUCGUCCGAGGUCAAAUUUCUUCGGAUUUCUUUUAAUGAAUUGAACAAAUAUGAUAUUUAAGAUCGUAAUUAAGUUAGACAACGUCGAUACGAUUACCCUUCUUACUCGAGUGAUACUUAUUGUGAUGGCAAUAUCUUAUACAAAUUAUAUUCAAACUGAAAUACUCCCGUCACAAAUAAGAAAAUUAUCUUAUCUUGCCAAUAUUUCUUUUCAUUUUGCACGGCCAUACUCCUUCAUGAACAGUACGAUUUGAUUAAUUUCAGAUGCUGUUUCUUAUAAUUCAUACUACAUUAUAACCCAAAGUUUUAACAGCAUUAAUGAUGUGAAGCUUAUUAAAGAUAAAAGGUAUAUUUCUGUCCUACAGAGAAAUCAUAAAUGGAAUAGACCAAUAGCUUUCUUCGUUUUGAUCGGUUGUUAUUGAUUUCAACCUAUUGAAAAUAUCUAUUUGCAAAAUCUUCUAUUCACGAUGAAAAAUAAUGAUUUACCAUUAAUUCGUGUAAUUCUUAUCUCAAAUAUGGUAAAUCAGAGUUUCUCGUCACAAAAUGUAUUCCUCAUUAAAGUUUACCAUGGCCGCGUAUAAAAUUUUGGUAAUUUGCAAAGGAUUUUUUAUUUUGUGACUGGAAAUGUUAUAUCUCAAACGUUAUAAUGAAUGUAUUAAUGUUAUUAUUCUCAUUUUUUAUCAUUUGUCAUGUGACAUUCGCGAAUUCUUAAGAAUAAAAUGGUUGACAU